UAUUAACGAGGCACUAUAUGAUAAUCAAACUGAAUUUGAUAUCCACAAUGAUGUCGUAUAUGAGAUCGGUCAGCCUAGAAAUAAAAGCAAUGAUGCGAUUAAUUUUGAAGGUGCAAAUUAUGAAAAUACGAUAGAUCAGGAAUGGAGUUAUAUAGUGGAUGACGUAAGUUGGUUUGUGAAUAUUAUAGAAAGCCCAAGGCCACAAAAAGCAAGGAUUCAAAGAAGGAAACUACUUCUAAACGCAUUGGUUGAUGAACACACGAAUCAUGAUCUUGACCAUGAGCAUUUUGACUUUCUGGAAAACUUGGAGUUUACCAUAGACAUGGUUACGAUGUUAAAUUUUAUGUGA